GCAUAAAACGACGUCGCGGCGCUUCUUCCCGGUAAACCCUAAACCCUAGCCGAAUUUUAUUUGUCCUAAAGAAAAGAAUAAAAACACUGCGCGCAAACCACACUCCACCACUUCUUCUUCUUCUUCAGUUUCCUCCAAUGGCUCCCGCAAGGAAGAAACCUUCUAAGCCAAGCAAAUCGCCGAAGAACCCUAGGAAGACCCAUCCCAAGCACGAUUCUACCUCCGAAUCCGAAGAAGACACGCCGCCGCAACUGCAACCGGAGCAACUCGAACUCGGUGACGACAACUCCGAUUCCGCGUCGGAGCUCUCCUCCGAUGGAGACGAUCCGUUAGCCGACGAUUUCCUCCAAGGAACCGAUGACGACGAAGAAAAAGGCUCAGGUUCGGAGUCAGGUUUGGAGUCAGGUUCGGAUUCCGAUUCGGAUGAUGGUGAUAUUGAAAAGAAGUCGAGAGCUAUUGACGAAGAGAAGGCGAAAGAGGAAGAGGACGCGGAUGCCGAAAUGCAGCUCAACAUCAACCAAGAGUCUGAUGAGUUCAGAUUGCCUACCAAAGAGGAGCUUGAUGAGGAGGCUCUCCGCCCACCUGAUCUUUCCAAUCUCCAGAGGAGAACCAAAGAGAUUGUUCGUGUUCUUUCAAAUUUUAAGGCUUUGAGGCAAGACGGGUCAACGAGAAAAGAGUAUGUUGAACAGCUUAAGAAAGAUUUAUGUACCUACUAUGGCUACAAUGAGUUCCUAAUUAGUGCUCUAGUGGAGAUGUUUCCAGUUGUUGAACUUAUGGAACUGAUUGAAGCCUUUGAAAAGCCACGUCCUAUAUGUCUGAGGACUAAUACAUUGAAGACACGCAGACGGGAUUUGGCGGAUGUUUUGAUAAAUAGGGGAGUAAAUUUGGAUCCUCUAAGCAAAUGGUCAAAGGUUGGACUUGUUGUGUAUGAUUCUCAAGUGCCUAUUGGUGCCACUCCUGAGUAUAUGGCUGGUUUCUACAUGCUACAAAGUGCAAGCUCUUUUCUGCCCGUUAUGGCUUUGGCUCCUCAAGAGAAGGAACGAGUUGUUGAUAUGGCAGCUGCACCUGGUGGUAAAACAACUUACAUUGCUGCUCUAAUGAAGAAUACUGGAAUAAUUUUUGCAAAUGAAAUGAAGGUACCACGACUUAAGUCACUGACUGCAAAUUUACAUCGCAUGGGUGUAUCUAACACUGUAGUUUGUAACUAUGAUGGAAAGGAGCUUCCAAAGGUUUUAGGUGUAAAUGCUGUUGAUAGAGUAUUAUUGGAUGCCCCUUGCAGUGGAACUGGGGUUAUUUCCAAAGAUGAGUCUGUUAAAACCUCUAAAAGUCUGGAAGAUAUACAGAAAUGUGCGCAUCUACAGAAGGAGCUCAUUCUUGCAGCAAUUGACAUGGUGGAUGCUAAUUCAAAGUCUGGGGGAUAUGUUGUUUAUUCUACAUGCUCAAUUAUGGUUGCCGAGAAUGAGUCAGUUAUUGACUAUGCACUCAAAAAGCGGGAUGUUAAAUUGGUUCCUUGUGGACUUGAUUUUGGGCGUCCAGGAUUUACAAAGUUUAGGGAACAACGUUUUCACCCUUCUUUAGAAAAGACAAGGCGUUUCUAUCCUCACGUACAGAAUAUGGAUGGUUUUUUUGUUGCAAAGUUGAAAAAAAUGAGCAGCUCAAAGCCUGGUGCAAUAUCAUCAGAAACAGCCGAGAAAGAAGACACUACCUCGUUCGUGGAGGAAAAGGAGAAAUCAAGUGAUGGCAUAAAAGAAAAUGGCAAUGUAUCUUCUGAAUCCGAAAAGGGGAAGAAAAGAAAGUUCCCCUCAAAACCAAGUAACGGUCUAAAAUCAAAUGGCAAAGCAUCUUCAGAAUCUGAACCCAAAAAGAGGAAUAAAAGGCAAUUUCCAUCUAAGGAAGAGAUUUCAAAAGCCAGGGAGGAUAAGAGAAAUGCUUUAAGAGAAAAAAGGAGAAAAGGUGGCAAACAACAGAAGAACAAAAAAUGAUCAAAGCCAGUGGCAAUACAUGAGGCAGUUAUAGCACCGACUCGACUCGAAGAUGGAAGUACUGGGGGUGGUUGCUUGUCAUAGGAGUACACCCCGGAAUCAGUGGCAUGCCCUAAUCUAGGGCACAUUUUUGUUUUGUUUUUAAGGUUAUUAUUUAGCCGAGGUAUAUUUUAUAACUUCCAUCUGCAAUGGUGUAAAUCGGAAAGAAAAAAUAUUUCUUUUUCGUGGCAUCAAUUAUUUGGGGUUUAUUUUCUUAUCAUUAUCUUCAAUCUUCAUGUCUAUUGUCUUGGAUGUUAAUUAUCCUUCUUUCCAUUACACGUGCUUCAAAUAUUGAUGAUUCACCA